UGCCUGCCAGUGCAUUCAGUGUCGAGUUGAGGGAUGGCAGCGUACAAGUACUGCUCCAGUAUCCUGCUUUUUUCUUUCUUUUUCCAGAACUCCUAUGCUUUGGAAAGACAUUAUUAUGUGGCAGCCGUUGUAGUAAACUGGGACUACGACAUUCCAAGAAAUCAAAGUACUGAUUCAAGUUACAAGAAGGUGGUAUUCAGAGAAUACACCGCUGGAUUUAAGCUACCCAAGAACACCCCACCAUGGAAAGGGUUGCUUGGACCGACACUGCGGGGCGAAGUUGGCGAUGUCAUAAAGGUGACCUUCAGAAAUAUGGCAGAUCGCCAUUACAGCUUGCACUCUCAUGGGAUUGCUUAUGGCAAACAAUCUGAAGGGUCCUUGUAUUUUGACAACACAUCAUCGUUUGAGAAAAAGGAUGAUGCUGUCCCUCCAGGAGAAGAACAUGAGUAUAUCUGGGAAAUCACAGAAGAUAUUGGACCCACGAAAGAAGAUCCAUCAUGCCUCACCUACACAUACUACUCACAUAUGGACACAGUGAAAGACUUCAAUUCUGGACUGAUUGGAGCUUUACUAAUUUGCAAAUCAGGAACAUUGGAUUUCACAGGCAAGCAACGAGAAUUUGAUGAGGAGUUUGUGCUUCUUUUUGGAGUUUUUAAUGAAAAUAAAAGUUGGUUUAACACACACGAGAGUUCAGCUACUCAAGAAAAACUUUUCUACACGAUCAAUGGCUUUCAAUAUGGAUCAUUGCCAGAGUUACAAAUCUGUGCCUAUGGCAAUGUAGCCCUACAUUUUAUAGGAAUGAGCUCUGAGCCUGAGAUUUUCUCAAUUCACUUUAAUGGACAAGUCUUAAGGCAGAAUGGCCGCAAGGUGUCCACAGUGAGCCUCAUCACAGCAGCCAGCACCACAGCAAACAUGACCAUCAAUCAUCCAGGCACUUGGCUGCUGUCUUCACAGCUUCCGAGACACAUGGAAGCGGGAAUGUAUGGGUAUAUGAAUGUGAAAAUCUGUGAAGGCAAAGGCCCAAUGAGCAGAAGACUAACUGUGAAACAAAAGAGCUUAAGUCAAGUAUGGACUUACUACAUUGCAGCAGAAGAGACAGUAUGGGACUAUGCACCAAAUAUGCCUGAUUAUGUUGACAGAAACUAUAAAGCCAAAUACCUGGAAACAGGGCCAAAUCGCAUAGGGAAGAAAUACAAAAAAGCGGUCUACGUGCAGUACACCGAUGACACCUUCACAACAAAAGUAGAGGGAAGAAAACUGGAAACUGGAAUCCUCGGGCCAGUAGUCCGAGCUCAGAUUCGAGACAUAGUAAAGAUUGUUUUCAAGAAUAAGGCAAGCAGACCAUACAGCAUCUACCCUCAAGGACUGUCAAUCAGCAAGCAAUAUGAAGGGGCAACAUAUCCGAAAGAUGACAAAGGCCAUCAGCAGCACGAAGUGAAGCCUGGACAGACCUUUGUGUAUGAAUGGAAGGUCACAGAAGAAGAUGAGCCCACCGAUGAUGACCCGAGGUGUUUGACGAGACUGUAUCACAGUGCUGUCGAUAGCAAAAGAGACAUUGCAUCUGGGCUCAUUGGUCCUUUGCUAAUCUGCAAAAGCGAAUCUCUGAGUACAAGAAAUGUUCAGAUAAAAGCGGACAAGGAACAACAGGCUGUUCUAGCAGUGUUUGAUGAGAAUAUAAGUUGGUACAUUGAUGAUAACAUUAAAUCUUAUUGUACUGAGACAUCAAAAGUUAACAAAGAAGACCCUCAGUUUUAUUCUUCCAAUGUAAUGCAUACCAUUAAUGGUCACGUUUAUGAUAGUGGAACGACUUUGGGUUUUUGUCAUAAUGAGAUAGUUACAUGGCAUGUUUCAAGUGUCGGUGUGCAAGAUGACAUCCAGACUGCUCACUUUUUCGGCCAUACCUUUGAGCAUAAUAAGGGUUAUGAGGAUGUCCUUACCCUUUAUCCUAUGACUGGAGAGACUAUUACAAUGGAAAUGGAUAACAUUGGUCACUGGCUUCUUUCCUCCUUAAUGUCACAAAAAAACGAUAAUGGAAAACGAUUAAAAUUUAAAGACCUGGAGUGUUAUUCUGAAGACUAUGAUUUUUAUGCUGUCAAUUUUGAGCCAGACUCUGUGAUACCAAGUACCAAAAUAGACAUAGAAAAUAUUAUUGAUGAAGAUGAAGAUGAGGAUGAUAAUAAAAAUAAUGAAAAAGAUACAAGAAUGGUCAAUGAGUUUGAUGAAGAAACUGAGCAAUGGGCCUCUUUGUUUGGUGCAAGGUCAUUUAAAAAUAAAACCAAAAGCAGUGAACUUGAAAACGAGUUAGUAGAUUUGUCAGCUCAUCUUGAUGAUCAUGAUGGUGGCUCACUAAACAGCAGUGAAACUCUUUUAUCUGAUAUACAGUAUAACAACACUAAUAAUCAAAAAUAUAUGUUUAAGGUAAAUCAGACAGCUGAACCACCAACUCAAGAUUUAAUGGCUACAGAAGUCCUUGGUCUUAAUCGACAACAAACAGUGUUUGCUACGAGCAAUGAGAAAGACAGUUCAGGGGAUGAUUUCAUGCAGACUAAUGAAAAUAAAGAGUCUGUAUUCACUAGCAGCUUUGAACACAUCCAGACUCCGGAUAUUAUUUCCGAUUGUUACAUUUCUCAGUCCUGUGACAACAGCACAAGCACAAUUGCCCAAAUAAAUGAAAGUUUAGGUUCACACCUUGACAAUAUUUUAUUAGGUUUAAAUAGUAGCACACAACAAUUUAAAGAACAGGAAGAAAACCAGUAUGAUAUGCAUCAUGGUACAAAUAAUACAAGUACCUCUGUAGAAAUCAUAGGGUAUUCAAUGGAAAACAAAGAAGGCUAUAAUGGAUCGGAAGAAAGAUACACAUUUCCACAUGACAAAGGGAUUCACAAAGUGGAAAAAGACCUUGAAGCAUUAUUCAAUAACACAGUUAAUGAUAAGGUUUUUGAAACUUGGGGUAUGAACAACAGCUCUGUGUUUCUUGAAAACAGCACAGUUGAAAAGAAAGACCUGGAGGGCAAACCUCUAAGGUCUAAAAGGUCAAUUAACCUGGAAAUUCAUUUAGCACAAACAGAUGAUCGUGUAGAAACAGAGGAGGAGUUUUUAAAUAAUGGAACAGAAAAUGUGUUUAAUAUAAGCUCUACAGAUAAGGCGCAGUCUAACUCUUCGAUGGACGCUCAAGAGUCUGACAUGGAUGUAUCCCUUAGUGCAAAGAUCGAAGAAUCAGAAAUCUAUAAUGUGUUGGCUGAGAGCACGAGAGAUCUUUUAAGUGGAUCUGACCAUUCUGACAACUGGAUAGUUGGAAAUCAAACACAAAACCUUCAGACUGAAACAAGAGGAGCAGAAUUUAAUAUUACUGUAGGAGUUCACAUCAACGAAACUGACACAAUGUCUUCAGAUUCCGAAAACUAUGGAAAUAAUCUGUCAGAAAGAUCAAAUUCCACAACUUUGUUUAUACCCGAGGAGUUUAAUUUAGUAAAUAGAACUUUACCAGAAACACAUUCAGAAAAUUUGAUAACAGAAAGCCUAUCUGUUGCUAUCAAUAAUAGCCUUUCUAGGCCAUAUGAAAAUAUAACUCAGAAUUCGCUUGCAGUCAAUCUGGACUAUGACUUAGAUUCACAAGAAGAAAAUUCUGAAAAAAAUAAAAUAGCAGAGGAGGUGGUUAUUUAUUUAAAAAAUAAAACAAAUAAUGGUAGCAGAUAUGGGACAAUCACCCCUUUGGUUGAUCAUUCCAAGGACUAUUGGGAAUAUGAGGGUAAAAGUAAACCUGCUCAAAUUGAAGUCCCCAAUGAACUGGUCAAGUACACAGAAGAGAAACCACAGGAAAUAGAUUUAAAUGCAGUCAUUCCACCUUCAAAAGCAAAACCCCAAAGGAAACCUAAAUCCAAUCUGAGAAUUGAAAGAAAGAGGAAAUCACAAAAUGGAACUUUAACUUCAACACGAAUCACAAAUCUAGGCUCAGCAAUCGCACCUAGAGGGCAUAAACCCAAAGGAUUCGGGCCUAGAGGGCUGAGUCCUGUUGCCAAGGAAGAUCAAUUUUGGAGAAGUAUUGUCAUUGGUGUUCCAAGAGGUGAUUUUAAUGACUAUGAUCUGUUUGCACCAGAUGACAGUAACAACAAGGAUAUGAGGAGUUUAGACCCAGAGGUACCAGACAGUUAUGAAUGGGUAGAAUAUAAAGAUCCCUACACUACUAGUGGCAAAAGCUUUAGCAGUUUAGAUGAUGUGACACAGUAUUACUCAAACAAGGACAACGGCAACACCCGAAUGUACUUCAUUGCAGCAGAGGAAGUGCCAUGGGAUUACGCUGGAUACAAAGGAGCAAGGAGGUUCGAGGAAAGCAAUACAGACAAAAGGGACAUGCAGUUCAAAAAAGUGGUUUUUCGACGUUACCUAGAUGGAACAUUUACAAAGCCUGACAUUAGAGGAGAAAUAAACGAGCACCUUGGAUUGCUCGGUCCUGUCAUCAAAGCAGAGAUUCAUGACACCAUUGUGAUUGUUUUCAAAAACCUUGCCACAAAGCCCCACUCUUUACACGCACAUGGAGUCUCUUAUAUGAAGUCAAUGGAAGGAGUAGGCUAUGAGGAUGACUCUCCAUCAAACUAUAAAAAUGAUGACGCUGUUCUUCCGGGACAUAAUUAUACCUACGUUUGGAAAUCCAAAGUGGGGCCUAAUUCAAAGGAUACUCCCUGUCGGGCCUGGGUCUACUAUUCAGGUGUCAACCCAGAAAAGGAUAUUAAUUCGGGGCUGAUUGGACCAUUGCUGAUUUGUCGCGAAGGAUUCCUGAAAGAAAAUAUAAAUGAUGCAAGGGAGUUUUUUUUGCUUUUCAUGACAUUUGAUGAAAACAAAAGUUGGUACUUUGAGGAAAAUAUGAAAAGCAUAUAUAAAACUAAUAUUAUCAAGAAUGACCCAGAAACGAGAAGCAAGAACAUAUUUCAUGCUAUUAAUGGCAUCGUUUACAGUUUGAAGGGUCUAAGGAUGUACGCCAAUGAGCUUGUAAGAUGGUACUUGAUCAAUAUGGGCAGCCAAAAGGACCUUCACUCUAUUCAUUUUCAUGGGCAAACUUUCCUUGACAAGCAAGGCAAAGACUAUCGACUUGGUGUCUACCCACUUCUACCUGGCACCAUUAGUACAAUUGAAAUGAAACCAUCCAAGCCAGGACUGUGGCUUCUAGAAUCUGAAGUUGGUGAAUACCAAAAAGCAGGAAUGCAAACGCUGUUCUUAAUUUUGGAUUCAGAUUGUUCAAGUCCAUUAGGUCUUAUUUCAGGCAGUAUAGCCAAUGAACAAAUCACAGCUUCCAGCCAUAAUGGACACUGGGAACCUAAAUUAGCAAGACUGAACAAUAAAGGGAAGUAUAAUGCUUGGAGUGCAACUGGAGAUACUGCUAAUUCCACUUGGAUUCAGGUGGAUUUGCAAAGGCCAGUUGUAAUCAGUAAAGUAGCCACCCAGGGUGCAAAGCAGAUGUUCACAUCACUGUAUGUUAAAGAAUACUGGAUAUCCUACAGCACAGACAAGAAAAGAUGGAUCUAUUACAGAGGGAACAGCACAACCUUCCGCAAGAAUUUUGAGGCUAAUAAAGAUGCAUAUGGCACAGUGGAAAACAUUUUUGACCCACCUAUAAUUGGCAGAUACAUCCGCCUCCACCCCACUGAUUACUAUGUACGACCAACAGUCAGGAUGGAGCUUUAUGGCUGUGAACUGGAUGGGUGUUCACUACCUUUAGGCAUGGAAAAUGGAGACAUUGACAACAGCAAGAUAACUGCCUCUUCCUAUUCCUCUAAUUGGGUGUUAGGGAAGUGGAUCCCCUCUUUAGCUCGGCUUAAUAAAGAAGGAAGCGUCAAUGCCUGGCAAGCAAAGGACAGUAACAGCUUCCAGUGGCUACAGAUUGAACUAAAAGAAAAGAAAAAGAUUACCGGCAUAAUCAUCCAGGGUGCUAAGUCAAUGGGAAAAGACAUGUAUGUACAGUCCUAUGCAGUGAUGUACAGUGACAACAGCAACACGUGGACUGUUUACAAAGAAGAUCCCAGCUCCUCAGAGAGGAUAUUCACUGGAAACACAAAUGCAUCUGCUCAUUCAAAAAACUAUAUUUAUCCUCCAGUAUUUGCAAGAUUCAUUCGAAUCAUCCCAAAAACUUGGCACAAGUCCAUCGCUAUGAGGGUGGAGCUGCUAGGGUGUGAUUUUGAAUGAGCAAUCAACCAUCAUAUCAGUCACAGAAGGGGUCAGUGAAGGCAAAAAAAAAACUCUACUCGGAGUUACUCAUCAGCCUUUUAUAAAUUAUUUGGAAACCCCUGAGUCCUUCCUGUAAAAGGGUGGUGUGUCAUCUCUGUAAAUUUACCACCACAUUGCAUCAUUCACUUAGGACUCUGAAAAACAGCAAUAAAAUGAAUGGCUUUUGCCAGACCUUACAGCAGAUACACCAAGAUUUUGGACAUCCACACAAAAUCUGCCUUUAAAAACUUUUAAUAUUCAGGGCACAAACAAAUAAUUAAUGCAUCUUAUGAUUAGGAGAGAAAAAUACACAAUUUAUUUAGCUGUUUUUAGUGAGUCAAUGGACAUGCAAAAAGUCUCAAGAUGGUUUUUUUUCUCAAAGAUGGUAAUUGCACCUGUUGGGUUUUAUGUUUGACCAACAUUUGCAUCUUCUGCAACAGUUGACCUAGGGAGUUCCCAUAGCGCCUUUGACACUGCUUAAUUGUAGCCUUGUGUUUUAUGGCUCAAAACUGCAUUUUGUUAUUAACCCUUUGUUUGGGUAAACUGUGGAGGUCAGUCAUGUGGGGCUAGUCAGCUUCCAACUAGCAUUACUGUAAAAAUAAGUACAAUGUAAAAAGUGUGUCAUGUACUAUAAAAAAUAAAGAAUUUUAUUUUAAUUAA